GAUUAGGCCUAUCAUCCAAUAAUGGCCUUAAUUUAGAAGACAGGUUACGGACUGUAGCUGUAUUAGGGUGGUGAUAUCAAUUCUACCCACUCCUGGAUCUGGGGAAUCUUAAUUUUGGAAACUCACCCGUUGUGCACCGUCAGGACCCACUGGAGUAAGAGUGAAAUCAUCGAAGCGAUGGACCAGCCCAUCAAUCCGUACAUAGGCCACCAAGGCACCAACCCACCGGUACCUCAAUAUGGUUCCACCGAUGACAAGGAGCGGGUCAAUAAUUCGGAUCUUACUCCAAGGAGUGCAAGUACUGUUCAUAUCAUCACAAGCGACGACAACAAGGAGAAUGAGGAUAUUUACAAGUUUACCCCUCACGUUCCGGUAGCAUACGAUGAGACUUUCAAGGAAUCCGAAUCUGUUAAGGGAUUUCCCUUCAUGAAAGAAGUAAACGGAUCGAUUUUCAAAUACACUCACUUCGCCCUGUACGCCACUCUGACCCUCAUCCUCGGGCCCAUAUUCUCCUUCGUCUGGGCAAUCGCUUUCGCCCUCUUUCACAUCGUCAUCAUCUGGCUGAUCCAACCCGUCAUCAAGUUUGUCUACUUGGGGCUCAGGAUCUCCAGUCUCCUCUUCGCUCCAAGCAUUCGACUGUUCCUUGACCCGAUCUGGAUUUCGACCUCCUUGGUCUUCUCCAACAUCCGGGCAUGGUGUCGGCUGAAGAAUUCGGAUAUAACCUUAAACGUGAAAAACAGCCAAGUUUAGCACCCAGGCAGGACCCAUGAUAUUGAUUAUGCUCCAGAAUCGUCCAGUUUCACUAUUACAAAAGUGUAUGGUGGUCAUUGUUUUAUUUUUUUCAUAUCAAUCAUUAGAAUGUAAAUAUGGCAUCUAUCUAGCACCAUUUCUCGGUAGUCUUUUAUUUUUAUUCAAAAUAUUCCUUUCAACACUUGCUUCACAAAGAUAGAAAUUGGAUAUAUUAGGAGCUAUAGAAAGAUAUUGUAUCCGGCAAUUUUCAGCCAGUUCCGUGCUUGAGAAGGGAUUUUAUGUAGACAAGACAAAAUUACACCGAUAUUUUAGUUUGAUCGGGUGCCCGGUCAAAAUAUAUUUGUAUGUAAAUACGGUAAAUUUAGUCAAUAAAGCACAU